UUCUGCUCGUUAACGCGUGUCGUCCCAUUCGAAGCGUAACAUAUACACUGAAGCUUAUUGUUAGUGUUUCAUACUUGUGUGCGCGACUUUCUCUGUAUUUUUUUUUCUUAACGUUCAUUAACGAAGUUUUUAAAAAUAUAUCGUAAAAUAUCUUUGAACGUUAUUAACUCUUUAACGAUGUCUUCGAAUAUUAAAUUUUAUUAAAUUUUGAAACAACAUAGUGGAAUAUUGAACUGAUACAGUGACUUUGGAUUAAUAUAGUGAACCGUCGAAACAAUUUUUUACGAUUUCUCGAGUUUCUGAAUAUCGUGAACGUUAGAAGGAAAGUGAGUGUUCCUGUGCCGAUUAGAGAGAAAAUAGUUUCAAUAGUGGAAGACAGUCUGAUUUAUCAUCCGCUGUUUGGCUGGACGAAUGUUUUAGAAAACCCUUGGGCCUCGCCGACUUGGAGAACGCCCGCGUGAAUUAAGCUGGCAAAAAAUUGAAAUACCGUUGGUACCGUGAUCCUGCUGUCUUCUUCGGGAGUUCCUCGAACGGACAUUUCAUCUUUAAUAUAGAUUCGUUGUAGACCGACGAUCAAGAUGAAAUUAUCCUGGAUCUUUCACCAUCUGUUGAUUCUGACCAUGAUGUUUCCUACGAGCCUGGCAGCCUCGACGAGAAUACGGAGCAGGAAGAAGCCCGUCAAAGAGACGAAAGAAGUGAACAUCUGUGCGAUCAGAGGCGUACAGGCUCCUAUGUACUGUUACUGCGAUAACAAUGCCAUUAGAAACGCCACGGAAGCCACUUGCGUCGUGUUGAGCCGGUUCAGCAUUAACGAUCCAACAUGGAAUUAUUUCGUCUCGCAGAUCUUCUUACAGAAGCUAAAGAUCGUGGUUCGAACGCCAAACGGAUUGGAAUACAUACCGGUUCAACUGCUGAAACAGCUGAAGAACUUGCAGAAGAUCACGCUCCAAGAUGCCAACAUCGACGAGCUGAAGGAAUCCGCGUUCUCAAACCUUCCUACGAUCACAGAAAUCGAUUUGAGCGCGAAUUCCAUUUCGACGCUGAGGACGCACGCGUUUGAGAACAUGAAGAAUCUAAUCGUGAUCUUCUUGAACUCGAACCGGAUCACCGAGAUCAAUAGAGAGACGUUCAUCAAUCUACCAUCGAUAAAGAUGCUCUGCCUGAACGAGAACAACAUCAGCACGUUGCACGACAAGGCGUUCAAGCAUCUGACUACUUUAGAAGAACUGCAGCUAGUCGACAAUCAGAUCAAAGUCAUCACUGCCGACAGUUUCCACGGUUUGAAAAGUCUGCUGAAGCUGGACAUGCGUAACAAUUUGAUCGCCAUGAUUGGCGAUAGAACUUUCAUCGAGUUGGUCUCGUUAAAGCAGCUGGACCUCGACCAAAACGAGAUUGAGUUUAUUUCGGAGAAGGCGUUGGAUGGAAUGGUAAAUUUGCAGAAGUUGCAACUUUGUGAUAAUAAGUUGGUCACCCUGGAACCGAAUUUCCUGGCCGGUGCAACGGGAAUUUACACGCUGGAUUUGCGGGAUAAUUUGCUGAUGACCUUCACCUUCGAGAAUGUCAAGCCAAUUCUAACUAAUUUGUACAACACCACAAGCUUCUUUUACCUGAGCGAGUUUCUAUAUUACUGUAGUGAAAGUAAUAAUUUGUUCUCAAAAGAGUGCGAGAAGAGAUGGAAAAUUGAGAUAAUUGGCAAUAAACUGAUGUGCGACUGCAAGCUGGUAUGGAUGUGGGGCCUGAGGAACCAGACGAAGAACGUAAAGCUGCGGGAAUCCCUGGAGAAGCUCACUUGCUUACUGGAGACCAAUAACGCAACGAUGAAGGUUACUAAUAGCCACCGUGAAUGGAACGCAGCGCUCAAAAUUGCACGAAAAUCAGAGGACGGCAGCAUCGAGGACUACGACGCUUACUUGGGCGACGAAUACGAGAGCAAAGAUGGAUAUGAGGAUUCCGAUUCUCAGCCGGAGAUGCAGACGGUGGACGGUAAACUGUACUACGUGAAGAACCUAUUCGACUUGAAAGUAGAAGAGCUGCCGUGCCCGAAGGAAAAGUCAAAAAAAGAUGGAAAAGGAAAUAAAACGGAUUCCGUAUGGCGUUCAUCUUCGUCUGACCUCAUUUGCUUCGACCUCCUCCUAUUCUCUCUGCUCCUGUUUCUGCCUGUUCUGUUCAAUUAAAAACACCUACGUUCGCUGGACGGCCCAACAAACAGAUCGGAAAGACGACCCGCGCAUGAAGACAAGGACAAUUCUUGCUAUUCGGAACAUAUGAGCGUGCAUAAUCGAAUCGCGCAAGGUGUGUAUGUGUAUGUGUAUGUAUCGUCGCGUGCGUUCUCACCGCUGUUCUUCGAGGUUUGACGCGUCUCGAACGAUUCUUCUUGCCGAGGAAUUUUUGUUUUCUCACUUCGAACAAGCUUUCUCCGCCAUCGUCGCUUGGCAAGAUAGAUUUUAUGGAUAUCCGCAGAGUAUUUGGUAUUCUUCCGGUGGAAAGAAUUCGUUGUAGCAAGGAUCGUGGGCUAUACUAUCUCGCCGAAUUUGAUCCUUGGCGCGAGAUCAAGCGAUGUAUCGAGUUUCUGGAAUUUUUAACGUUUCUCGAUGAGACGAAGCGAGUUCCAGGCCUCGGGAAAUUUAUCGCCAACGAGAGAGCAAUCGAUGCGAGAUACGUAAUUGCUAAACUUGUAGAGUUUACUCUACAAGUAUUUCAGCAUUUUUCGAGUUCCAAUUUCAAGAAGCUUUCAUGUUUCUAAAUUGCAACAAAAACUCGAACAACUCGAUGAUCCGUAGUAUCUCGAUCGAUCUCUUCCUUCCACCGCUAUCCGCAAAAUCUAACUAAACCAAUGAAACUUACAAGCGUGAGAACUUGAACACGAUGAAACGGACGAGAGACAUCGAUCGUCAGUUUCAGCCAACAAGAAGCCGAGGUGAGUGAUAGAAACUCCGAGGCGACGACGAGCGAAACAUCAAUUUGACUCUUCUCGUAAAUGAAGAAGCGUUCAAGUCGCGUCAAAACCGUCCGGGAACGAUCGACGGAUCGUUCGCGAAGCUGAAUUCCACCUACACACGGUGAGAAGAAUUUUGAAACGCGUGAUGUCGAACGUCGUUGAAAUUCGAAUCGGAUUUAUCGAGCGCGAUCUCGCGAGAUGACACGGAGUACAUUUGGAAUAUAUGUAUCUUCGAUGGAAAAAACACGUUCGAUUCACGUUUUUCUACGCACGGACUCGUUAUCACCGCGUACGUUUACAGGCUGCUUAACCAGCCGACACUUUUCAGUGACCAUUUUUUAUUAUUGACUUUUCGACGUACUUUUAUUCUCCAUAAUGGAGUCCCUUUUUCGAACGAUCGAUUAUUAAAUAUAAACUCGUGUUUUUCGUGCGAUGUUUUCAUUAGUUCGCUCGAUUAUAGAGAACGUUUGUACAUAAUUGGUCGGGAAUAGUCUUCGUGUGCUUACGUCUCAUGUCUACAUACAUGUCGUGUCAACCGCGGAAGGAACAGAUUUUCUCAAGAAGAAUGGAAAAAAUAUCUUCGAAAACUAUCAAUAAGUAAAUUAUAGACUGAAUUAUCGAUUACGUAGAUAUCUAAUUUCGACUAAUUUCCAUCGCAUGAUCAAUCAGCGAUAACUUAUCAACGUUAAUUGGAUAUAAAUCCGCAAAUGGAAAUGGGAAUCCGCGAUCGGAUUGCAAUCGACGAAAUUACAGCCUCUGUUAUCUGUUCAUUUUAUCAAUCACAGAGUUCCCUUACUAAUUAAUUCAACUAUCAUCAAAGAAUUCGAAACUACCUCUUUCAAUUCUGUCGUAUUUUCAGAUUUUCUUUUACGAUUAAAAUCCACGAAAAUCCUUUUAUCCGCGAUGUAAUCUUAGAUAAUAACAGGGUAUAUAUAUAUAAUAUAUGUGUGUAUAUGUAUAUUAAAAAAAAAAAAGAAAAGAAAAAAAAGAAAAAAAAGAAAAAAGAAAAACAAAAGAAAAAAGAAAAAAAAAGAAAAAAAAAGAAAAAAAAAGAAAAAAAAGAAGUAAGAAAUAUCGAUAUCACGUAAUUUCCAACUUUGAAAAAGUUACCAUAUAUUUCCAAUUAACCAAAUAUAUCGAACGUAUCUAAAAUCUCCAAUCGCUUAAAAUAUUACCACUUAAAUAUUACCAAUAUUAUAAAAUUUACCAAUAUUACCAAUAUAUAAAAUAUUACCAAUAUGCUCAAGCUAAACUUUCUAAAUAUAUCGUGAAUGUUUAUGAUAUUUGUAUGUAUUUUUUAAUCCGCACGAAGACUAUUCCAACCAAGUCUGAUUCAUCGUUGCUUAAAUCUACAUACACAUAUACGUACGCACACAGAACACAUGUACAUGUUGGCAAUUUCUGGCCAACCGCGUCCUCGCGAGGCUCUCGGAAGUUCGACGGGAACGGAAGUUGACCGAAGAGACGAUCCACUCGAAGCUUAGUCAAUUCCCCGUGCAAUCGCGCCGGUUUUAUCGUUGUGGAUCAGUCUCCACUCUCUUAAUCCCUCCCUCCCUCCCACUCUCUCUCACUCUCUCUCACUCUCUCUCACUCUCUCUCACUCUCUCUCACUCUCUCUCACUCUCUCUCUCUUCUCUCUCUUUCUGUAAACGCACAAAAUCCCCUGAAAAACCGCAACGGUAAAUCCAUCUCGAUAUGUAGAAACGAUUAUCGAACACUGCUAACGUUUCUCCGGAUUGCUUCAGAGAUAGAUCUAAAUCGCUGAUGCUAGUAUCGAUAGCGUUGGACUUUGAUGUAAAAUUGUAACGACGCUGGAGGAGAAACGAGAGCAAUCUGAUGUCGUAAUUUUCUCACAAAUUCAUUUGCUACAAAUGUGAAAUUUUGUCGUUUUAUUUUUAGUAGCCAGAUACGUCUGUAAUAUUUUGCAAAAUUUAAGUCUAUAGAAAUGCUGACGCUAAUUAAAACGCCAUUGGCUAUAAUAUGAAAUUUGCAAGCUUUUUUUUCAGCCAUUUUUUUGGAAAUGCUGAGAUAGGUUUGCAGUAGAAGAUGAAAGAUAUUUGUUGAAAACAUAGAUUUUAAUUAAAACAUAGAUUUACAGAGACGUUAAUUAAAACGGCAUUGCUUGUGUUAUGAGAUUACAAACGAUACUGGAGGAAGACUGGAAAAGAGUGGAUCGUGACUGGGAAAUUUAUUUCCGGCAUAAGGAUGGAAUACAGUUGCGGAAUACUGGGAAUCACCCGGUCAAAUCA